AUGGCAAUGUGGUACUCGCUCGGCAUCGCGUUCUUCGCAGCCAUCGGUACAUUCUUGUUUGGCUUCGAUACCGGCAUCGCGACAACGACAAUCGCCCACCAAAGCUGGAUUGAUUACAUGAACAAGCCCUCAAAUGGCCUGACCGGCGCGGUGGUUGCGGUGUAUAUCGCAGGUGAGGCAGGCGGCGCCUUAACACAGACGUUUAUCGGAGAUAAAUUGGGCCGUAUCCGGUUUAUGCAACUGAUGUGUGUGAUCGUGACAAUCGGCACGGUCAUCCAGACGGCGUCCGUGAAUAUCGGCAUGUUCCUGGCGGGCCGGGUGUUGGCUGGAUAUGCUGUCGGAGGCAUGGUUGCCACGGUCCCGAUAUACCUCAGCGAAAUCUCCGAUCCCCGCUUCCGCGGCCUGAUUGGCGGUAUCUCGGGCUGCGGCAUCUCAUUCGGCACCAUGGCAUCCAACUGGGUCGGGUUCGCGUGCAGCUAUGCGCCGUACGGACCGGUCCAGUGGCGCUUGCCGCUAGGCAUCCAGAUCCCGUGGGGAGUGGUGAUGUUCGUGGGCUUGGCGACGUUUAUGCCGAACUCGCCGCGGCAGCUGAUCCGCAGUGGGAAGAUCGAAGAGGCGCAGUCUGAGUUUGCACGGAUUCGCCGGGGCCUGCAUUCGCUUGAGGUGCAGGAAGAGUUUGCGCUGAUGCAGGCACAGAUUGAGUAUGAGAUGGAGCGGGAGAUUACCUCGUAUAAGGAGAUUUUCCGGUUGUUCCGGCACCGAGUGCUUGUGUCGAUUGCCGUGCAGACAAUGACGAGUUUGACGGGUGUCAAUGUGAUCCAGACUAACCUUCCUCUCCUGCUAGCCAUCCUCUAUAAAUCUCUGGGGAUCGACUCACAUUCUAUUCUCGCCUUGGCAGCGGUCUACGGCACCGUGGCCUUUCUGUCCAAUGCCAUCACUACCAAAUAUAUGACGGACCAGUGGGGCCGCCGCAAGAUGCUGAUCACGGGUCUCGCAGGCAUCGUGCUCAUCGAGAUCUAUGCUGCUGUCAUGCAGCGCGAGUUCCAGAAUACCGAGAACCGUGUCGGCAAGGGAUUUGCAAUCCUGGGGAUCUAUCUGUUUGUGGUCUGCUACUAUGGUAUGCUGAACAGUACAACGUGGCUGUAUGGUGCCGAGGUUCUGCCUAUUGCGCUGCGCAGCAAGGUGAUGGGUCUCGCGGCGGCGUCUCACUUCAUCGUCAAUGUGGCUAUUACUGAGGCCGGACCCAGUGCGUUCGCCAACAUCCACGAGAACUACUACUACGUUUUCGUCGUGUGCUCUGCCGUUUUCCUGGUCAUUGCAUAUCUGUAUUUCCCGGAAACCAAGCAAAAAACACUUGAGGAGGUCGCCGCGGCCUUUGGCGACCGUGUCGUCCUGGCUGACGAUGGGCCCAAGCGCACCUCGACGGCAGGCAACGCUGACCACAUUGAGUCUGCUGGCGAAGCGGCGUAA